UUUCGAAGAUUAAUUUGCUUCUUCACGUUCAACCGUGUCAUUUUAAAAGUAACGGAUACUAUUUCUAUACUGUCCUACCAUUAAACUGAUAAUAUCAAAACUGAUAAGCAUAUGGAGUUUACGUAACAAUCGUGUGCGUACGUGUUUGUUGCUAUAUCUAAUCUUGUAUAACAUUUAUAAUGGCGGAGAUUGAGAAAAGGAAGGCAACACCAAUUUUUCCAUUCCUUAAAUAUAGAAGUAUAACACUACCCCCUAUGCCACCUAUCCUAAAGGAUGUAGAUCAUUAUAUGGAAUCUCUUCGAAAUUUCAAUUCACGUGAAACAGAUGUUAUUCUCUGUUCGUCAAUGAAAUCAGGUUCACACUGGGUACAUGAAAUAGUGUCCAUGCUUUUACAUCAGACCACCGAAUAUAACAAACAUGGUGUACUCAAUGCUUGUAACUUUGAAUGUCAACCUGACUGGGACAAACUGGAACAAUUGAACAAUCCAAGAUUCUUCCACACACAUUUGCCCAUGGAGUUUCUGCCAAGAAAGCACGUGGAAAACGAAUACAAGAUUAUAUAUCUGAACAGAAACCCAAAAGAUAGAGCUGUAUCGCAGUAUUUAUUUUUACAAGGAAAGGAAGGAGUACCUGUGAUGACAUGGAAUGAGUUUUUUGAAAAUUUCGUUGUCAUGGAUACUAUAUACGGUGGAUGGUUUACCUUUACUAAAGAAUUUGAGAAAGCACUAUCUGAAAAAAGAGGAAAUAUAUUACCAGUCACUUUCGAAAAACUAAAGAUUGCAACUAUUCCAACUCUUCUGGAAAUAGCAUCGUUUCUUGGUAUUUUAGUUGACGAUAAUUUUAUCAAAGACAUCGCCGAUAAAUGUUCUUUUGAAAAUUUGAAAAAGAAUAAAAUUGACGGAACAACAACUAUACAUCCAGAGGGCAGAUCAACACUGUGGCGUAAAGGGAUAAUUGGAGACUGGGAAAACUGGUUUACAGUGGCACAAAAUGAAAAGUUUGACCAAAUGUAUCAACGGGAAAUGAAGGGAUAUGAUGUAAACUUCGUAUAUAUUUCACCAAAAGUUUAAAUGCCAUUUAUGUUAAGAUUCCGCUUUUCAUUGUGUGGAUAAUUUUACUCUUUCUAUUGAUUGCUUGUCCUACCAAUGCUUUGAAAUUUUGGAAUCAUGUAAAAUAAUGAUUUUUUUUUAACAAAGAGUAUUGGAACCGAUUAGCAAAAUAUGUAACAUACGCCAUGUUCCGAUACCGCAAUUUCAAUUUGACGUUAUUCAAAAAAUGACAAAGACAUAAAAAUUUUUAAAUGUUAAUUAGUAGCGGCAUAAGAAUGUAAAACUCAGGUGCGGGAUGAAGUUUUUACUUGAUUAAGCAGAUACAUACAAAGGGAACAUGAUGUGGGCAGAAAGUGUGUUUUUCUUUGUGAUAAAAAAAGUGACACAUAUAUUGAAAAAUGGUUAUCAAAAAACAAAUUAAGAAAUCCUAAUAAAUAGCUAUUCAGAUGUCACUCUCAUAGUGAAAUUCUUAUAUUUAAUAGUUAUGAUUUGUUUUUAAAUCACUCUAAGAUUUGUAUUUUAUAUUAUUACUUUAUGGUAUCGAAUCUACGCGAGUUUCAUUCAAUACCAGUCUAAAAACACUUGACCAAGAUAGCUGUCUUACCAGUAAUUAAAACAUAUAUUUUUAAACCAUAUCUACGAUUCGAAUCCAAAUGGCAUUUUUAUGUUACUUUUAACUUGUUUCAUUUAUACGCAGUAUAUAUAGCGCUGUUUUUGUUGGGUUUUAUAUUUUUUUACUGUUGUCAUUUUUUGUGCUGCUUAUUAUAUUUAGGGUAUUAUUUGUGAAACGUAUGAAUAAUACAAUGAAUAUUUUUGACACAAAACAGAGUGAUAGUGAUAGGGUAUUCUUGUACCCGGCCAAGUAAGGACAACUAAAAGAAGUCAAAACACUUUUUUCGAUGAUUUUUUCGUGUUUAGAAAACAUAAAACAGACAUUUUUUCUUACAAAUUGCACCGAUUGUAGGCAUGAUUUUACUUCUUUUUAUGGCUUUUACUAAAUCGAGUACAUUUUAUGUUUAAAAUCCUAAAAUAAACCUUUAUAGUAGAAAAAUUGUUCAACAUUCUCUAUUUUAAAGCACUUUGAUGCGAAUAACAUACCCAUGCCUAUGUUAAGAAACUCACAAAUAAUUUUCUAAGAGCUUUGGCAACUAAAGAUGUUUAACAUAACGUCACUAGUUGGUCGAUUAGGACAAUAUAAACAAUUAAAUUGGUAUGUAUUGCCAUCCUAGAAGAUUUGUUUUUCCUCAGAACUGGAUUAAGAAUCUGAAAAUCAAUAGAUUUGGUAUAUGAUUUAUCUUUGAAAAUGCAAGUCUGUGCUUUCUGAGAUGCCAUAAGGAAGCCCUCCACAGUUAGCUAUUAAACUAAAAUUUACCCUCAUAAUUUUUAAUCAUCCUCUUUUCCGUGGUUUCUAAAAAAAAUAAGCUUACUGUUUGUGUUAUUUGUGUGCAUGUGUGUAUGAAUCAUCGGUAUGUAAUAGAUAUGAUUUUACAAAAAAACGAAAUAUAAUUAUGUUUGGUGUAUUAAUGGCAACAAUAUGUAUCUUUUUGCCUUUAAGUAUCGUAAAAAAGAACAUGAAAAUUGUCACUUGUCCCCAAGAUUCGGAUUAAGUAGAAUUUAAUUCAUCCUAAUUAUACCUUUUCUGAAACCAUCUACAUGUAUCUAUCAAGAGAAAAAUUUAUUUUUUACUUUAAUUUCUUUACCUAUGACCGGUAUGGAUAUGAAAAUAACGACUGUCACACAGGAAUUAGCCAAUAAAACAUACAAAAAUAA